AGUUCCUCUGGAGGUGGAGAGGAUAUUCAAGGGGAAGAUCACCAAGAACUGGCAUAUAAAGGAGUGGAUCAGUCUCCCACUCUUUUGAUAAUAAGCAACUUAGACCAAGGAAUCAAAGGCAGAAAAAAACAACCACAAAGCAGACUUGACUCAAUCCAAGGAAAGGACAACACUUCCUUUGCAAAGACUGUGAGUUGGACUGCCCUUCCUCUGGCUUCUGGUGUCCCCAGAGACAUCAAAAGAUUGUGAGACCAUGGAAGUAAAACAGAUUGCAAUCAUUGGUGCUGGUGUCAGUGGACUGGGAGCCAUUAAGAGCUGCUUGGAGGAAGGACUUGAACCUACUUGCUUUGAAAAGAGCAAUGACAUUGGAGGUCUGUGGAGAUACAAGGAGACACCAGAAAACGGAAGGCCUGGAAUAUACAAAUCUUUAACCUGCAAUACAUCCAAGGAGAUGACAACCUUCAGCGACUACCCCAUCCCUGAUCAUUACCCCAACUACAUGCACCACUCCAAAAUGAUGGAGUAUCUCAGGAUGUAUGCCAGGCACUUCGGGCUCAUGAAACACAUCCAGUUCCAGACAAGAGUGUGUGUGGUGCGGAAGCGCCCUGAUUUUUCAUCCUCAGGCCAGUGGGACGUUGUGGUGGAGGCUGACGGGAAGCAGAAAAAUUAUAUCUUCGAUGGGGUCAUGGUUUGCAGUGGUCACUACACUGAGAAGUAUCUGCCCUUGCAGGAUUUUGCAGGAAUCAGCAAGUUCCAAGGCAGCUGUCUCCACAGCUGGGAGUACAAGCACCCAGACAGUUUUGUGGGGAAGAGAGUUGUCGUGAUUGGCAUUGGGAAUUCUGGAGCAGAUGUGGCAAAUGAGAUCAGCUGUGUCACUGAACAGGUUUUCCUCAGCACAAGACGAGGGACGUGGAUAUGGAACCGAGUUUGGGAUAAUGGGGAUCCCUUGGACAUCGCACUCUUCACCCGUUAUAACAGAACCGUCAAAAGUUUCUAUCCUACGUUCCUAAUCAACAGAUGGACAGAGAAUAAAUUAAAUUUGAGGUUUAACCAUGCCAAUUAUGGACUGCAGGCUAAGCACAGAUUUCUCAGCCAUCAGUCUAUCUUCAGUGAUGACCUGCCAAAUCGCAUCAUUUCCGGAAGAGUGCUGGUGAAGACCAACGUGAGGGAGUUCACCUCCACGUCCGCCAUCUUUGAGGAUGGCUCGGAGGAGAUUGUAGACGUUGUUGUCUUUGCCACAGGCUACACUUUAUCUUUCCCUUUCUUGGAUGACAGCUCUGAAAUCCUGGACAGCAAACACACAAUGUUUAAGUUUGUCUUCCCUCCUCAGUUAGAGAAGCCAACACUAGCCUUCAUUGGGAUCCUCCAGCCAAUAGGAGCCACAAUUCCCACAUCAGAGCUCCAAAGCCGAUGGGUUACACGCGUGUUCGCAGGAUUGCAAAAGUUACCCUCACAAAGCAACAUGAUGGCAGACAUCAAUAGAAAGAAACGGAAGAUGGAGAAAGAGUUUGUGAAAAGCCCCAGAGAUGUACGUCGAGUGCCGUAUAUCGACUACAUGGAUGAAAUUGCUUCUGAGAUAGGUGUCAAACCCAACCUGCUCUCUUUCUUCCUCUGGGAUACAAAGUUAGCCAAGGAGAUUUUCUGGGGACCCUGUACCCCAUACCAGUAUCGUCUACAAGGGCCAGGGAAAUGGGCAGGUGCUCGGGCAGCCAUCCUCACUCAGAGAGACCGGAUCCUCAAACCCCUGAGAUCCCGGGUGCUCAAAAACUCUGAGACAUCGUCCUCUAGUCUAUUCUGGGUCAGAUGUAUCUGUGCUGUCAUUUUUCCCUUUGUUUCUGUGUUUGCUAUCAUCCAUGCCAUAUAUCAGUGAUCACAUACUGAUGCAGAGAGGUAAAGCACUAGAGAGAAGCAGUCAUUGCUAUUUGACAUGCAUGCCUCAGAGUAAAAAAAGUGAGGAUGUGCAGAAAAAUGUUCAUUAGAUUGACGAAGACACACACAUAUGUACACUUAAAUGAAAACAAAGUUACUCUAUUACGGAUCUCCCAAGAGUUUUAUAUGUAAGGGGUUUUAAAAUGCAUAGCUCAUUUCUACUUUAUUCCAUAGGUGGAAGUACAUACCUUAUAAGUUUCCCAAAAUAAGUAUAUAGGGAGAAUAACAAGCAGAAUUCAAUAAGCAAUAGUAUAGGGGAGGUUAAGGCAGACUAUCUCCUGAGAUGAGGAAAAUUCAUCUUCUUGAUAGAAAAGCUGACAGUUACCAUUUGAAUUGAUCAAACAGUGCUGAAAACUCAGUCUGUUGCUUUUCACACCAUUAUUUUGGGGUUUUUGUUGGAGUCAGUAUAUUUUAUUUGAUAAAUUUUAUCUGCAGAGUUUGCUGAAAUCAUUUUAAUAAUUGCCAGAUUCUCCCAGAUUUCCCAUUCACAGAGUUAUGUUGUAAACCAAUACAAACUGCCCCCUCCAAGUCACCCCCUCCCACAAUCUUUCCCCCCUCCCUUCUCCCUUCAGUGGGGGUUCCCCUGGGUAUCCCCCACCCUGACCCUGGCACUUAAAGUCUCUCUGAGGCUAGGCACUUCCUCUCCCACUAAAUCUAGACAAGGUAGCCUAGCUAGUAGAACAAAUCCCAAAUACAGGAAACAGCUUUUGGGAUAGCCUUUGCUCCAGUUAAGGACAUUCAUGAAGGCCAAGUUGCAUAUCUGCUACAUAUGAACAGGGAGGCCUAGGUGGUGGUUCAGACUCUGAGAGCCCAGGUUAGUUGAUUCUGUUGGUCUUCUUGUGGAGUAUCUAUCCCCUUCAGGGGCCUGCAAUCUUUCCUCCUACUCUUCCAUAAGAGUCCCCAAGCUCCAUAUAUUGUCUGGGUAUGGUUUUCUGUAGAUACUGUUUUCUGAAUCAGCUGUUGGGUGGAACCUCUCAGAGGACAGCAUACUCUUGUCUGCAAGCAUAACAGAGU